UGACUGCCGUUGCCGGUCCGCCCUCGUAGCCCGACCGACCGACCGAAAAUGACACCCUUGGCUGUCCAUUCCGCCCAUACGCUGCCAUGUCGUCACCGCUCCAUCUGCAGUCCUUUCGCGACUCCUCUCCCGCGGGCGCUCCCGGCAUGAAGCGCUCACGGUUCACAUACCGUCACAUCCAGCAGCUCGCUGCCUCGAGUACUUCGUGUCCGCUCAGGGUUAUCGCCCACUUGGAUCUCGAUUGCUUCUACUCUCAAGUAGAAAUGGUGCGACUAGGGAUACCAGACGACAAGCCCGUUGCCGUUCAGCAAUGGCAGGGCUUGAUUGCGGUCAACUACCCGGCUCGUAGCUUUGGCAUCGGCCGGCAUUGCAACGUGUCGGAAGCAAAAAAGCUUUGCCCGGAUCUUAUACACCAACACGUUGCAACAUGGAGAGAAGGCGAUGCCAAGUGGGAUUACCACCCGGAUGCCGCGGCCAAUAUGGCGACGCACAAGGUGUCCUUGGAUCCUUACCGACUUGAAUCCCGUAAGAUUCUGGCUAUCAUCAAGGACGAACUCCCACCUCAUCUUCAAAAGGUGGAGAAGGCGAGCAUCGAUGAGGUGUUUAUGGACCUGUCGGCACAGGUACACGCUAUCCUACUCGACCGUUUUCCCGAGCUUGCCAACCCUCCCCCAUACGACGACCCGACCGAGAUGCUGCCCAUGCCAUCCAUCACCGCUCUCGACUGGCAGGCUGACGCACUGGUGGACCUGCCAGACGAGAAUGCUGAACUUGAGGAUCCGGACUGGGACGACGUGGCUAUUCUUAUAGGCUCGGAAAUCGUGCGCAAGGUGCGCACAGCCAUCAAAGAUAAGCUUGGAUACACGUGCUCCGCGGGUGUAGCCUGUAAUAAGCUGUUGAGCAAGUUGGGCUCGGCUUACCGGAAGCCCAACCAACAGACGGUGAUUCGGAAUCGUUCAAUUCAGCAUUUUCUGUCUGACUUCAAGUUCACAAAGAUGCGGAACCUUGGCGGAAAGCUGGGCGAACAAAUCAGUCAGAUCUAUCACACAGACACGGUCAAAGACUUGCUGGUUGUCUCGGUGGAGCAGCUGAAAUCGAAGUUAGGCGAUGACACGGGGGUUUGGGUCUACAACACCGUGCGCGGUAUCGACAACAGCGAGGUGAACCCGCGCGUCCAGAUCAAGUCGAUGCUGUCGGCCAAGUCCUUCCGCCCCAGUAUAACCUCCUUUGAGCAGGCUGUUAGAUGGUUACGCAUCUUUGCCGCUGACAUUUUUUCCCGGUUGGUCGAAGAAGGCGUUUUGGAAAACAAGCGGAGGCCCAAGACUAUCAAUCUCCAUCACCGCCACGGCACUCAAACCCGGUCACGUCAGGGUCCUAUCCCUCAAGGCCGUAAGCUCGACGAAGAGAGUCUGUUCGAGCUGGCCAGGAACUUGCUAAGCCAGAUUGUUUCCGAGGGUCAAGUUUGGCCAUGUUCCAACCUCAGCCUUAGCGUCGGAGGAUUUGAGGAUGGUGUCACUGGAAACAUGGGCAUUGGCGCUUUCUUGUUGAAGGGCGAGGAAGCUCAGGCAAGCAAGACGGGGGCACGGACAGCGACGGUUGACUCUGAAAAUGAGAUCCGCCCGGCAGAGAAGCGAAGGCGCCUGGAUAACGGCGGGAUAGAACGGUUUUUCGCGAAGAGAGAGUUAUCCCACGGCGCUAAUUCUGGGUUGGGCUCCGACGAUACAGCCAUCAGUGGUCAAAGCGGUCAAAGGUUGGGCACCCUGAAAGAGGAGGUCAUGUCAGGUGAGCCGGCCGGUUCAGAGGGGGUGGCCAAAGCCGAUGAGGUAUACAACGGGAAAUCUGAACCAGAACCCGGCCCAAUCAUCACAUUGACGUGCUCGCGAUGCAACGCCAGCCUCGAUGGCCCCGAGGAACUGCAAAGCCAUCAGGACUGGCAUUUUGCUAAAGAGCUCCAAGAACAAGAACGUGUCAGUCAGACAUUCGUCAAUCAGCCAUCAGCGUCUAGCUCGCGUGCCGGCAACCAAAAAUCCACAAGCACGACGCCGAAGCGACAAGGUAGACCCAAGAAGGUCGAGCGUGGGCAGAGCAAACUCAAGUUCGGUUGAACAGGCUAUUGCGAUUUUCAUGACACGGCGCUCUGAUAACAACAAAGCGACAUGAGCGCACAUGUGGAGAAUUCGAUGCAUGAAUCCACAACACGACGUCUGAUAUCAAAAGGUGCCUUUGGCCGAGCUAUCCAAGUUUGCACAUGCGGUCUUUGUGGAGGACGGUUCGCUCUUCAGAUUCGCUGCAGGUGUUCGUCUUCAGCUGCGCGACGGGAUUGACUACGACAUCUCAUCAAAGUCUGCGUUUUGGCGGUGACUGAGAUCCCAGGGACAAACCAAUCAAUGCUUGGUCAGAUCCACGAUUCUCUUAUGGCGCUCAAUGGGUGGUGACGGGUCGGCAGUCCCGCUUCCGAAUAUCUUGUGAAGCACAUUUUCUUGUUACAUGGCAGCC